AUGUUCAGAAAUAUUACAAUUGGGCAUUUAAACUAUUAUCAUAUCACAUUCUGGUGGGACGGGCCUGUUGGUCUAGUGAUCGCUAGUGGCAACCCCGCGCUCAUCUGGGCGGCCCGAAAUAGUGGCCCGAGGGGGGACAUCAGUUGUCGCGGCGGUGCCGCUCACGCCGCCCGCGCCAUGGCGUCUGUCGCCGCUUGGCUGCCGUUCGCCCGAGCAGCCGCCAUAGGAUGGGUUCCCAUCGCUACUCACCCACUCCCGCCCCCACCAGUCCCGAAAGACCGCCGUCGCGCCGAGGACGAGAAACUUCUCAUCAACGUCUCCGGACGACGAUUCGAGACAUGGCGAAACACGCUAGAGAAAUACCCCGACUCACUCCUCGGAUCUACCGAAAGAGAAUUCUUUUACGACGAGGAAAGCAGAGAGUACUUCUUCGACAGAGAUCCAGAUAUUUUCCGACACAUAUUAAAUUAUUACAGAACAGGAAAAUUACAUUAUCCCAAGCACGAAUGUUUGACGGGAUACGACGAGGAGUUGGCUUUCUUUGGGAUCCUUCCUGACGUGAUAGGAGACUGUUGUUAUGAGGAUUACAGGGACAGAAAGCGUGAAAACGCAGAACGACUUAUGGAUGAUAAAUUAAGUGAAGCUGGAGAUCAGAGUCUACCUCAGCUUACAGAUUUGAGACAAAAAAUGUGGCGGGCGUUCGAGAACCCGCACACUUCGACUGCAGCUCUAGUGUUCUAUUAUGUUACUGGGUUCUUCAUCGCCGUGUCGGUGAUGGCGAACGUGGUGGAGACAGUGCCGUGUGGCCACCGGCCUGGACGCGCCGGUACGCUGCCAUGCGGCGAGCGAUACAAAAUCGUGUUCUUCUGCUUGGACACUGCGUGUGUGAUGAUAUUCACAGCAGAAUAUUUACUGCGACUCUUUGCAGCGCCGGAUCGCUGCAAGUUUGUCAGAUCCGUAAUGUCGAUUAUUGACGUAGUGGCUAUUUUACCAUACUACAUCGGUUUAGGUAUCACUGACAAUGACGAUGUAUCUGGAGCAUUCGUUACUCUGAGAGUGUUCAGAGUGUUCCGAAUAUUUAAAUUCUCCAGGCACUCUCAGGGGUUGAGAAUCUUGGGUUACACGCUCAAGUCUUGUGCCAGUGAACUCGGUUUCCUGGUCUUUUCAUUGGCUAUGGCGAUUAUUAUAUUCGCCACUGUUAUGUUUUACGCUGAGAAAAACGAGCAGGAUACAAACUUCACUUCUAUCCCGGCCGCCUUCUGGUACACCAUCGUGACUAUGACGACCUUGGGGUAA